ACCUUCCGUAUCCUCACCCAUCUGCCCAAACCGCUGGAUAACCUUCAGACCUAUGCACCAGAAAUUUAGUCGUGUUUACUGCAAAAUGUCGGAAAUCAGAGGGUAUAUAUCGCACUCGCGGCCGCCGUCGCGAUGGAAACGCGUGCCUUGGCUUCCACAAGCCAAUCAUUUGAAAGUAAAACACGCGUUCGUGGCGCGGGGCGCUCAAGGCUUCCCCAUUGUCGCCUGUUAUCUUUUGUCCACGUUUUUCAGCGUGUACCCUCAAGCGGCAUAAAGCGCGAUGCCUCCUUGUUUGUCCCUUUCCACUCCCGCCCUGCAGUCCCCCCCCAUCCCCUCCUCUCUUCCUCCCCUCCUCUCUCUUUUCUGUUCAUAGUGGCCUGCGCUGGACGUAUCCUUCCUUGAGCGCCAGACGUAAUCCGAUUUUAGGCCUCCACUCAUUCAUCGCAAGCGACGAGCUACACGUUCUCUUCCAUUACACCUGACUGGAUCUGGUUCUUACGAUGUUCCAAUCUAUUGUGUUGCUCGUUGUGGCUGUGCUGCUGUCUGUGACUUCCUACCCGGUGCUCAGGAGAGAUGUCGACUCCAGUCUCGUUCCCGACUUUGGAGUGACUGCUGGAAUCAAGGCGAACGGCUCAGCGAGCUGUGACGGAAUUGACGGAACCAACGGCGAGCCCAUUCUCAUUCCAUGCCAAUGUCCGCCGGAUCUCGAUACAUUCAUUGAGGAGCUCAACAAGAACGUUGCCGCUGGAUACGUAAUCAACAACCCGAGCGUCUCGAUCACCUUCCCGGAGGACAAUUCCACUGCGUCGCAGAUCACGCGCAUCAACGCUUGCCUCGUCACGCUGCAGAACCUGAACGGCACCGGCGUCGGAUGCCCCGCAUCGGCGACGACCUGGGUUGCGCUUCAGAAAGAGAUCGCAGCAGAGGGCUCGUCGUCAUCAAGCUCCGUUUCGGCUGCUAGCACUGCGACAGGUACAUCCACGAUCGCGAGCACAGCAACAGCCACGAGCGUAUCGACUUCUGCAGCGAGUGCUGCGACUUCCAGUGUCGCGGCGGCGGCGUCGAGUACCAGCUCACAUCACCACCACAAGUCCUCCAGCGCGAUUGACUCUGCAUCUAGCAGCACGAUUUCCGUCGGCGCCACCGCAGCUGCCCUCACGGGCUCCAACACGACUGCGACAGCCUCCAGCGAUGCGUCAACAGGCUCUUGUUCCAUCGUCUACGUGACCGUGACCGUAACCGACGCUUCGGCCGCUUCGGCCACGAGUGAUGCGGUAAGCAGCACACUCGCCGCCUCGCGCACCGUCUCCGAUUCCGCCUCCUCGUCUGCCCUCGUCUCGUCUUCGUUCUCGGUCUCUGUGACCUCGGCAGCGUCUGCGACUGCGACGGCAACAUCGUCGAAUGUGACGAGCAACGAGAGCCUCGUGCCGGAUUUCGGCGUCACGGCGGACACGAAUCCGAACGGGUCGGGGAGCUGCGAUGGAAUAGACAACGCGAGUGGCGAGCCGAUCCUCAUUCCCUGCUCAUGCCCACCAAGCCGCGAUUCUUUCAUCGCCGAGCUUUCCGCGAACGUCGCCGCAGGUCACGUGCUCAACAACCCGAGCGUCGCGCUCACAUUCCCGACGGACAACUCGACCGCGUCGCAGCUCGCGCGGAUCGACGCGUGUCUUGUGACGCUGCAGAACUUGAUUGGUACCGGCGUCGGUUGCCCAGCGGCUGCGACGACGUGGGGCGCGCUCCAGAUUCAGCUCACGGACGAGCUGUGACGAAAAAGCAAAAGCAAAUCACGAACUACAUCACUUAUCAUGAGUGAUGAUUGAUUGAUACGAGAGCGCGUGCGGGUAUGCGCGCUCACAUGACACGAAUCGUUACGAGUCUUGCCUGGUUUUCUUCUUCUUUGCGUUUGAAUAUCUUUAUUGUGCUUGAUGUGCGUGUGUGUGGAGGUUUGAUGCCUCCGAGUGCUUGAUGCGCUUUAUUCUUUGUUGGAUGUUUCUCGUGUUGGUGUUCAUCAUGUAGCAAUAUGACUAGCUGGCUUAGGUUAGAUGAUGCGGCUUUCGGUCGUCGGAAUGCAAUGACAGGCGCGAGCUCGCCAGAUCGCG